AUGGACAACUACCAGAAAGAUCCUCUCUCCCGCGCCGCCCAAGUGAGUCCGCUAGGCUCCGCCCCCACUCCUAUUGCCCUGUGGGAGCGCGGGGCGGCUGGCCCGGGGCCCAAUGGGAGGAGGGGGCGGGGCCUACUCGCGUCGGGAUGGUCAGGAAACGGUUCAUUUUUCCAAGCCGUGAAUGACUAUGGAGUAUUCCAAACAGACGUAACAACAUACAGCAUUGAGGAGCUGGUAGCAGUUACAUCUGAACGCACCCCAAAAAACACAGAGCUCUCUGAAUGAGAUGUUUUUGCUGCAAGAAGCAAAGAGAUGAGCAGUGUCAAUAAAGAGAUAAGAGAAUUGCAAGGACAAAUAUACAAGCUUCUCCUGCAGCCAGUUCAUAGCAAUGAUUCUAGUGGUUAUGGAAGACUUGGUAGCAAUGGGUCUUACGAACAUUACAUCAGCAUAGCGUCCUCUAGUGACUCCAGUGGGAAUUGUGCUGAGGAAAUACAGCAGAACUAGUAAAUGACAUUGCAGCAGGUCUGUGCCAAUGUGAACUGAAUAAAGAAUCUGGGUCAACACCUGCAUAGUAAAUCACAGAGCAAACUGCAGAACAGAAAGGAUCCAGUCCUAGAUACUGUACUGCAGGGAGGCAAACAGAACACUGCUUCGUAUAUUCUCCAGGCACUGAGAAGUAACAUCACUGAAGGCCCAGAGAGUUCAUCCUGUGAUGAUUCAAGGAAGAUACAACAUGUUCUAGCCUACCAGCAGAGCAGCUGUGAGGACAGUAUCAUCAUGUGCUUUAUAGGAACUUCAGUAGAUGUGCACUUAUGCUAUAGAUCUCUUGUGUUUGACCUUGCUUCCAUUUAUAAAGAUGGACUGGCUGAAGUGACUGCAAUAGAAGAUGCCACUGUGGAGUAUGAACAAAUUGAGCUGCCUCCUCUGAAUGCUCAGAGUCCCACUGUGGUUCUUGAGGAAUUUAUGCAAGUUGGACUAACAAAGGAGGUUUUGUCAGCCCACACUCUGAAAGAGGAGCAGAACUACAUUGACGGGCUCCACCAGAGGAUAUUGUCAUCUCUGUAUAGGUCCUAUCUCUAUCAAGGGAGCAGAAGCAACAGUGGAUUUUCCUAUGGUCAAGGAGACUCCUCUUCAAAGCAGACCAGCCCAGUUAGCUGUAGAAGAGGCAAAUGUGGGAAACUCAAGUGCCAGAAACCACUAGAGCCCUCAUACAGGCAUUCAUCUAAUAGAAAUGAUCUUCCACACAAGAAGAGAACCGCUUCUGGGAAACAGUUCUGCUCUCCCUCUAAAGCAGUGGUUCCCAAACUUGUUCCACCGCUUGUGCAGGGAAAGCCCCUGGCGGGCAUUGAUCUGGAGAAUAGUGAAAGCCACUCUGUUUCCAGUGAACUGUUUGACCUUUUAUUGUGUGAGGGCUCUCAGAUGUGUACAAGUUCAGCAACAUCAGGCAAUGAAUCAGCUGAAUCUAGCUCUAUAGGCUCUUGUUCUAAUGGUUCUAGCACCAAUGAGGUUUCUCCUUGUGGCACAGGCAGUCAGUGUGAGUCAGUCUGGAAGAUGAUGGAUUGUACACCUGAGCCUGUACUAAUGACAUAUCAAGUACCUGACAGGUGAGGAAAUAGUAACAUUUUUCUAACACUGUGUUCAAAAUUAUGCAUAGAAGAAUUAUAGAAUUAGAAAUGAGGCUAUAGGAACUCUACAGGCUUCAUCCAAGAAGACAGCAUGAGCUGUCCCUAUUGUUCUGUAUGGUUUAAAAAAAAGGGAUGCCUGGGGGGGAUCCCAAGUUGUCCUAGAGGUUGGAGCCAGAAAAGCAAUCAUUUGUAUCCUGUAGCCUUUCAUGCUGCAUGUCAUGCCCAUUAGUAUGAUCUAAUAUCUCCUGAAUCUUCCAAGGAUGGCCUGUUGCUUACAACUAAAGAUGCACAAACCCAUGUAUUGUAAGACACAAAAGGAGAAAAUUUCCCACAUUAAAGUGCAUCUAAACUGCUUCCCUCACAAGGCUAGUUUUUCUCCUGGGUGCUGUAGUCUCCAGGAUUUUGGAUCCAUGAAGAAAGGGACAAUUAGAGUUGGCUUUUGGUGGGUUAUGCAAGUUUAGGGUGCCAUCUCCAGAGAAUCACAAUCAUGUUCUCCUUUGGCGUUAUCAUAAUCAUUUUAAACACCUAGAACCUAACGACUGUCAUUUUGAUCAUCCCUUCCAUACAGAGCACUCUUCACUUAUGUACAAUAAAGAUUUUGAAUGUAACCCAGUUUCCAAGCCUGCUACAUUUCUGUUGUGUUUCCACCUUGAUUUUCCAAGAGAAUUAAGUGGGCACUGCCAGGUUUUAAAAACCAGAUUUAAUUAUUGCUGUUUUCAAUAACACGUGAGAUUAUUAAAAUAAAGAAUUUUAGAAUCUUAAUUUACUGUUCACCAUUUAUGCUGUUUAAUUUUAGCUUUUCUCCCAUCUAAAAUGACCCUGACCCCCUACAAAAACUUAGGUACCUGCUUACUGAUCAGGGCCUACAUUAGCAAGAGGUGACAGACAGGAUGAGGAAGUAGGUAUAAGGAGAACCAAGACCACAACAGUUAGUCUUGUUGUUUGCAGGGAGAGAAAACUCAGAUAUUGAAAUUCAGUGAUUUAUUCAAGGCUACAGUUUCACUGACAGAACCAUGAUUAGAACUAAAACAUACCUGGCUUCCGAGCGCCAUACUCAGUCGACUUAAACCACACUGCUUCACUGUGGAAUAUCUUACCACCUAUGCAGAAAGCACCUUUGAAAACCUUUAUUUCUCUUACUUUCAGGAGUUAAUAUUUUCCCUUGGUUUAGAUUAACGUUUCUACUUUUGUCCAUAGUUUGCCUGUGUGACCUAAGUGGAGAUCCAGUUCUGAUCUGAAAGUUCUGUUCAGAUGAGAAUCCCCAGCAGCCUUGCAGCACUAACCCCCUGAAAUGUCAGAUGGCAGAACUAGAACUUGGGAAUCAGGAGCAGUUCCUACAAGAGGAAGAACUGGCUUGGAGACUGCAGGAGGAGGAGUAGACUCAUGCAAGAGGAAGGCGGAACCAGGAACGCAAUGACAACUGUCGAGCAGCCCAGGUGGCUCAGGAUGAGGUAACAGGCUAGAUGAGAUUGCUAGAUAUAUGCAGAACCAGGAACUGAAAGCCCAGUGGAGAUCCCAUGAGACAAACCUGGGGACAGAGAACAGUGAUGAGGGGAGCAACUUAUCUGAGCCAAGGAGAAGCAAGAACAAAGAAGGCAACAGUUUCCUCAAAAUACUGUUGAAGUUCUGGACCCAACUUUUAAGUCAAAAAAGAACCACCUGCUGAAGUGUUUGCAUUCUGCUCCCAAGCUGCCCAGUCACACACUGUCCCAGUUGAUGGCCUCUUUGAUUAUAUGGAUACCACCAUCGGACCUGCCUUUAUUCACCGACCAAACGUCAGCCUAAAACGCUAGGACGCCAAAAAUCCAGGGACAAGAAGGAAGGCUGUAAGCAGCAGUGAAUCCUAGAGCCUUCACCUACAGCCUACUUCUUCUAGCAACAAAAUAUAUUUCUUUGCCAUAACUAAGAGGAGAAAAUAAUGGCUUGAAAAUAUUUUCCAGAAAGUAUUGAAGAAACUAAACUUGAAAAGAUGUGAACAAUAGCUUCACAUUUCUCUUGAAGACUGAUGUAAAUUGAGGAGACUGCACGCGAUACUGCAAACUGCAGCAGACACUUCUCUGACAUGCUGCAAGGGAAAGGAGCUGUGUCUACUGUCUACGUGUGAAAUAAUGGCACUUUUGAACAACCCCCAUUUAUCAUCAAGAACAUGUGCUUAUCUGGGAUCUAGAGUGGGAACAGGCCAUUCAUUGUGAACGUAGUAAAGGCAGGUACUACUGGAAUACGUUCUAGGAAGUACAUGAGCCCAUGGCUAAGACUUUAAUAUUUUAUAAAGACACUUCACAGAUCACUAUUGAUAAUUCAAAUACUGUAAAAGUUUUGAGAUAUGUUAAAUAGAUUUGCUACAGACAUUAUUCACUUGAGAUUACCUUAUUUCCUAUAGAGUUGUUUUUGACAUGGAGCAUAUUGAAGUGCAAAGCACAUUAUUUAAAAUUGGUGCUAAUGUUUUUAGUUUUACACUUUCAUGUGUGUUCAUUUUCUGCUCCUUGCACCUUCCAUAAAAUACAGUAGCACAGGCUACUGUUCAGCAGUUCUGUUGGCAAAUAAGAACUGUGUCCCUUGUAGGAAAUGCCCUGGUAGUGUUCUGAACCUUCCUUUGCAUUUGUACCAUGUGUUAAUUUCAGUGUGUAUUUCAAGCUCUGUUUAUAAACCUACUUGUAGAUGUAUGCAUUAUGCCCUUCAUAUUCCAAGUUAAAUAAAAUAGCAGUUUUUUAAAUGGAAGUUAGCCCGAAGAGGCU